ACCAUUUCAAUACGAUGAAGUUACGCACAAGUGGUGCAACAUCAAGUCAUAUUUCAGUUCAGAGAAGCAGAGGAUGGACAAGGCAAAGAGAAGCGGUGCCGGCGGAGACGAAAACGUACAGACCAGCUGGAAGUUCUAUGAAGCUUUGAAAUUCCUACAACAUGUGAAUGAGCAUACACCAUCAGUGAAUAAUUUUAAUAAGUGGAGUUUGCAGAACCUGGACCCUGAUCCCAAUCCAUCGCGUAAGCUUGGGGAGCAACUGCAGCCUGCAGAAUGUUUCGAUCCAGGCUUUGACUCAGAGUCAUCCUUUUCACUCAUCGAAGACAACACAGAGUUCAUUACAAUUACCCCUCUUGCAAUUACAAGUAACAGCAGUAUCCAGUCGCUCCAAGAUACUAAAAACAUCUCUACAGAAGACACUAAUAGUGAUGCAACACCAAUUAAAAUCAUAUCGGAUGAGAUUGUAACUCCACCACUGGUUACUUCGCAAAACUGUGGUCGGUUUGAUGACAAUAACAACAAUAGCACUAGAAAAGUUUACUAUACAUCCCGUGUCAUAAUUAUAAACGCACCACAUAUUGCCAAGUUUAAAGAUUUUUAA